GUGGUCUUUGAAUGGGUUCCAGCGGGGCAUGGUGGUCUCCAUUGUGUUUAUCGGAAUCCUGCUGGGCAACACCAGCAGUGGUCCGCUUGGCGAUGGACUGGGCCGCAAGCUGCCCAUCCUGCUGUCCUAUCUGGGAAUAGCCCUCUUCAGUGUUCUCUCGGCAUCAGCCACAGGAUUCCUCUCCAUGUCUGGCGUGCGCAUGUUGGUCGGCUUCGCUUUCGGCCUUGGGCAACCAGCGACCGUCGCUCUACUGAACGAAGUUUCGCCAAGAAGGUGGCGCUACCUUUUGAUGGCCCAGGCCAUGGCUUUGUUCUGUGCCGGUGAGCUUUAUGCUGCAUGGCUCAUAUGGUUAGACGAUCCAAUGAUGAAAUCCCUGGAUUGGCGUUGGCUAUGCAUGGUGGGAGCGGUUCCCUCGAUUGUUGGUUUUGUCUUGGCUUACUUCUUCCUGGACGAGUCCCCAGCGUAUCUUGACGAAAAUGGAUAUCGCCAGGAGGCGUUGGCAGCCCUCCAGUCACUGAAGGAUCGGAACGGUGCUCACGACGUCUCGUGCGAGUAUGAGACGUCACUGGCCGCGCAGACACCAAAGUCCGUGAGAGACCAUGUGGCCACAAUAUUCUCACGAUCCUUGAUCUUUACUACCUUCACUAUGAUGUUCAGUUGCUUAAUGCUCAACUUGGUUUUCUACGGAAGCCUUUAUGCGUUUCCACAAGUCUUCACAGAGACGAACAAGACAAGCUACAGCCCAGCGGUGGUCCUGAUGAUUGGGGCCAUGGUCGAGUGGCCGGGGUUCUUCGGCGCUCCGAUUAUGGAGCGGUUUGUCACUGGCAAGACCGUUAUGCUCUGGUGCUCGUCGCUCUCCUCACUCUCUCUGUUGGCUUUGGUCAUUGGAGCCAACGGUGAAGGCAUUCUCUAUAGUCUCCUGCUUCAAGCCGGCUAUCUAGGCAUCAAAACAACCAUCAGUAUCACGUUCGUAGCCGCCUACACCUUGGCAUCGACAGCGUUUCCAUGCGCUGCUCGAACCACUGGGGUUGCUGCGUGCCAAGCAGCCGGUCGCGUUGGUGGCAUCGUAGCGCCUUUGAUCUUCGAGAUGCUCCAAAACAUCUUCCAUAGCUGGGAGCCGUUCUUCCUCGUUCUUGCAGGCGGCUAUUUGCUCAACUUUGUGCUCCUCUUCCCUCUAAAGCUGGAUCCGGAAGAAGAUGGGGAGGAGCAGCCACUAAUCAGUUCGAAGGCUCCUUGA